AUGGAGUUCCAUCACUCCAUUUGCGGAAACGGCAUUUUUCUUCUUCCACCUCCAGCCGCCGCAGCUGACGGCGACUCGCCGAGCACGUUACAGCGCGGUUUGAGUCGGUACAUCAAGAAGAAGAAGCUGGAUCCGCUGGAGUCGUUCGUGCCGUCCGUGCUGCUGACGCGCGAGCAGCUGCUCUUAGUCCAGGCCGUCGUCGACGACCAAGCCUCCUCCCCCGAAGACCUCAACCAGGCGCGCGCCCUGCUGCGCGCGGGGCCCGCGGGCACUCUCCGCGGAGACUUGCGUGCCCUUACACGGUACGCGGCGGAAGGCGCGGCAGCGGGGCUGGCCUACACGCCGGGAGGGGACGGCUACUUCCCCGGCAGUCCUGAGGCCGGCGCGGUGGCGAGUGCGGCGGCGGACCGGUGUUUGGAAGCGCUGAGCGGGCUGGAUACGCUGCUCCGCCUGAACCAGCCAGACGGGCGUGCACGCAUGGCGAAGCAGGCGGCAGCGGCGGUGAGCGCGCUGGACGAGGUUCUGUUGACGGUGCCAGAGGCGAUCAUGGUGAAAAGUGAAGCCAUUGUGGCCAAGUACUUGGUGCCUGCCGCUGACAAUGCCGCGGACAGUGCUGGGAGCGCCGACAGCGCGGCAGAAAACGAGGGGGGAGCAGACAGUGGAGGACCUGGGCAGGGAGCCGAUAAUGGGGCUGGGGAGAAUGGCUCGGGGACAGUGAGGCGGCUAGGACAGAAGAAGACAAAGGAGGAGGUGCUGGAGAGUCUGCUCCGUCUCCCCUCCUCGAGCCGCUCGUUGCCUGAUUGGCCACGCCAUCGAGUUACGACGCUUCUCGUGUCGAAUGCAUCGCUAUCUCGUCCGUGGAUCCCCUCCCUCCGCUCGUCGCGCCGUUUUUACCUCGCCGUGGGUGAUCGUCUGCAGCGGCAUGAGCUGCCUCAUCCGCCUCCCGUGCUCCCACCUCUAGCGGGUUUCGUCUCCUCGAGAACCCUUCUCGCCCCCGCCUUCACUGCCAGCCCUCCUCCGACAUCUCCGCCUCCCCGUCCGCCUCCUCGCCCGCCACCCCGUCCGCCUCCUUCCCCCGAAAGCAGUUUUCUUCAAACCACGUCCCCUUCUCCACCACUCCGACCCUCUUCGCCACCUCCUUCCAAACCCCCUCCCCCUCGCCAGCUUUCCGCUCCCCCUUCCUCCCCUUCACCUUCAUCUGCCACUUCCUCUCCCCCGCGCUCAUCCCCCCCUCCCCCGAAACAAUACCUCCCACCUCUUCCACCACCGCCUUCCCCCCCGCCUAGCGCCGUCAACUCCACCGUUCCAAACCUCCGUCCCAUUCCGCAAGCUACGGGCGCGGGGGGGGUGUUCGACGUGCGCUCAUUCGGCGCCGUAGGAGACGGCAAGUCCGACGACACCUCCGCCCUCUCACGCGCCUUCGCCGCCGCCUGCAGCUAUUUCGCGCUCUACCCGCCGCGCGCGACGCUGCUGUUUCCGCAGGGCUUCAACUUCUUCAUCAAAUCGCGGUCCGUGGAGUGGAAAGGGCCCUGCAACGGGCAGGGACUGCGGGUGCAGGUGGACGGGACGAUAUCCGUGGAUCCCAAGGGCGUCUCCCCGCUGACGCCCAUCAUCGCGCUGCACAACCUGCGCUACCUCGUCGUCGCCGGCCGCGGCGUCAUCGACGGCGGUGGGCAGGCCGUGUGGGGGCGCGCGUCGAAGCGGCCGUACCUGUUGGAGAUCGUGAAGAGCAGCCACGUGGAGGUGACGGGGAUCACGCUCGUCAACCCGCCGAUGAUGCAUCUGAGCCUCAAGUACUGCGCGGGCGUGCGCAUCCACGCGUUCAGCACGGCGAGCCCGUACAACAGCCCCAACACCGACUCCAUCCACAUCGCCUCUAGCUCCGGUGUCGUCGUCGAGAACUGCACGCUGCACGGCGGCGACGACAACGUGUCCAUCAAGGGCUCCUCCUCCAACAUCGUCAUCCGUGACGUGCUCUGCACCGCUGGCCAUGGCAUCAGCAUCGGCAGCCUGGGCAGCAGUCCGAGGCGCGGGUGUGUGUCGAACGUGCGGGUGAAGAACGUGCAGCUGGUGGGGCUGCAGACGGGGCUGCGCAUCAAGACGUACCGCGGGGGCGAGGGCGCCGUGCACAACGUGCGCUACACCAAUGUGCGCAUGACAGACGUCACCUUCCCCAUUCUCAUCGACCAGUAUUACUGCGAGAGACAGCCCUGCUCUGCCAAACCUGGCUCGCUGGCGGUGUUUGACAUUCAUUACAAGAACAUCUAUGGCACCACCAACUACACGCGUAGCGGGGGCAUCAAGUUUGCCUGCAGCCCACGCACACCGUGCGGGCGUAUCUCAAUGCGCAAUGUGCGAAUUCAGCACUCGCGGACCAACCUGACGCUCUCGCCCAUCUUGCUGAAUGCAUACGGCAGCAGUAAGGCCGUGGUGCCAGGCAUAAGCACGUCAGCUUGGAAGAAGGGAAAGCUGCCGCGGAGCAAGGCGUUUGCAGUCGCAACUGAGUACAGAAAGUGCGGCGGGUAUGUUUGGUACAGGGGGGCAUGGGGACUGGAGGCAUUGACCUGA